GCUGUAACCACCACAGAUCCAAGUACUGUAACCACCACAGAACCUAUUGUGGCCACCACCACUCAAUCAAGUGCUGUAACCACCACUGAGCCUAGCGCUGUAAGCACCACUGAACCUAGCGCUGUAACCACCACAGAACCUAUUGUGUUCACCACAACUGAACCAAGUGAUGUCUCCACAACUGAACCAAGUGAUGUCUCCACCACUGACCCCAGUGAUGUUACUACCACUGAACCUAGCACUGUAACCACCACAGAACCUAUUGUGGUAACCACCACUGAGUCCAACGCUGUUACCACACCUGAGCCUAGCAUAGACACCACCACAGAGCUUAGCGGUGACACCACUACAGAGCCUAUUGCAGUCACCACCACUGAACCAAGUGCUGUUACCAGCACUGAACCUAGUGCUAUAACCACCACUGAAUCAAAUGAUGUCUUCACCACAGAAUCAAUUGCUGAAACCACCACAGAACCUAUUGUGUCCACCACUACUGAACCGAGUGAUUCGACCACCACUGAACUUAGUGCUGUCACCAUGAUUGAGUCUACUUCGGCCACCAGCACUGUACCGAGUGAUGUCUCCACCACUGAGACCAGCGCUGUUACCACAACUGAGUCUGGUGCUGACACCACCACUGAACCAAGUGAUGUCUCCACCACUGGGCCUAGUGCUUUAACCUCCUCUGAACCAAGUGUUGAAACCACAACGGAAUCUAUUGUGGUCACCACCUUUGAGCCUAGUGCUGUAACCACAACUAAGCCUAGCGAAGACACCACCACAGAGCUUAGCAGUGACACUACUACAGAGCCUAUUGCAGUCACCACCACUGAAGCAAGUGCUGUUACCAGCACUGAGCCUAGCGCUGUCACCACCACUGAAUCAAGUGAUAUCUCCACCACAGAGCCUAGUGCUGUAACCACCACAGAUCCAAGUGCUGUAACCAACACAGAACCUAUUGUGGCCACCACCACUGAACCAAGUGCUGUUACCACCACUGAGCCUAGUGCUGUAAGCACCACUGAACCUAGUGCUGUAACCACCACAGAAUCUAUUGUGGUCACCACAACUGAACCAAGUGGUGUCUCCACAACUGAACCAAGUGACGUCUCCACCACUGAGCCCAGUGCUGUUACUACCACUGAACCUAGCGCUGUAACCACCACAGAACCUAUUUUGGUCACCACCACUGAACCAAGUGAUGUCUCCACUACUGAGCCCAGUGCUGUUACUACCACUGAACCUAGCGCUGUAACCACCACAGAACCUAUUGUGGUAACCACCACUGAGUCCAACACUGUUACCACACCUGAGCCUAGCAUAGACACCACCACAGAGCUUAGCGGUGACACCACUACAGAGCCUAUUGCAAUCACCACCACUGAGCCCAGUGCUGUUACCACGACUGACUCUGGUGCUGACACCACCACUGAAUCAAGUGAUGUCUCCACCACUGAGCCUAGCGCUGUAACCACAACUGAAACAAGUGCUGAAACCACCACAGAACCAAGUGGCGUGACCACAACUGAACCAAGUGAUGUCACUACGACUGAGCCUAUUGUGGCCACCAGCACUGAAACAAGUGAUGUCUCCACCACUGAGCCCAGUGCUGUUACCACAACUGAGACUAGUGAAGACACCACCACAGAGCCAGGUGCUGACAGCACUACAGAGCCGAUUGCAGUCACUACCACUGAAUCAAGUGCUGUUACCACCACUGAGCCUAGCACUGUCACCACCACUGAGCCUAGCGCUGUCACCACCUCUGAGUCAAGUGAUGUCUCCACCACUGAGCCUAGUGCUGUAACCACCACUGAACAAAGUGCUGAAACCACAACAGAAUUUAUUGUGGUCACCACCUUUGAGCCAAGCGCUGUGACCACAACUCAGCCUAGCGUUGUCACCACCACUGAGUCAAGUGAUUUCUCCACCACUGAGCCUAGUGCUGUAACCACCACUGAACCAAGUGCUGAAACCACUACAGAAUCUAUUGUGGUCACCACCUUUGAGCCUAGUGCUGUAACCACAACUAAGCCUAGCGAAGACACCACCACAGAGCUUAGCAGUGACACUACUACAGAGCCUAUUGCAGUCACCACCACUGAAGCAAGUGCUGUUACCAGCACUGAGCCUAGCGCUGUCACCACCACUGAAUCAAGUGAUGUCUCCACCACAGAGCCAAGUGCUGUAACCACCACAGAUCCAAGUGCUGUAACCACCACUGAACCUAGUGCUGUAACCACCACAGAAUCUAGCACUGUAACCACCACAGAACCUAUUGUGUUCACCACAACUGAACCAAGUGAUGUCUCCACAACUGAACCAAGUGAUGUCUCCACCACUGAGCCCAGUGAUGUUACUACCACUGAACCUAGCGCUGUAACCACCACAGAACCUAUUUUGGUCACCACCAAUGAACAAAGUGAUGUCUCCACUACUGAGCCCAGUGCUGUUACUACCACUGAACCUAGCGCUGUAACCACCACAGAACCUAUUGUGAUAACCACCACUGAGUCCAACGCUGUUACCACACCUGAGCCUAGCAUAGACACCACCACAGAGCUUAGCGGUGACACCACUACAGAGCCUAUUGCAGUCACCACCACUGAGCCCAGUGCUGUUACCACGACUGACUCUGGUGCUGACACCACCACAGAACCAAGUGGCGUGACCACAACUGAACCAAGUGAUGUCACUACGACUGAGCCUAUUGUGGCCACCAGCACUGAAACAAGUGAUGUCUCCACCACUGAGCCCAGUGCUGUUACCACAACUGAGACUAGUGAAGACACCACCACAGAGCCAGGUGCUGACAGCACUACAGAGCCGAUUGCAGUCACUACCACUGAAUCAAGUGCUGUUACCACCACUGAGCCUAGCACUGUCACCACCACUGAGCCUAGCGCUGUCACCACCUCUGAGUCAAAUGAUGUCUCCACCACUGAGCCUAGUGCUGUAACCACCACUGAAUCAAGUGAUGUCUCCACCACAGAGCCAAGUGCUGUAACCACCACAGAUCCAAGUGCUGUAACCACCACAGAACCUAUUGUGGCCACCACCACUGAAUCAAGUGCUGUAACCACCACUGAGCCUAGCGCUGUAAGCACCACUGAACCUAGCGCUGUAACCACCACAGAACCUAUUGUGUUCACCACAACUGAACCAAGUGAUGUCUCCACAACUGAACCAAGUGAUGUCUCCACCACUGAGCCCAGUGAUGUUACUACCACUGAACCUAGCGCUGUAACCACCACAGAACCUAUUUUGGUCACCACCACUGAACCAAGUGACGUCUCCACUACUGAGCCCAGUGCUGUUACUACCACUGAACCUAGCGCUGUAACCACCACAGAACCUAUUGUGGUAACCACCACUGAACCAAGUGACGUCUCCACUACUGAGCCCAGUGCUGUUACUACCACUGAACCUAGCGCUGUAACCACCACAGAACCUAUUGUGGUAACCACCACUGAGUCCAACGCUGUUACCACACCUGAGCCUAGCAUAGACACCACCACAGAGCUUAGCGGUGACACCACUACAGAGCCUAUUGCAGUCACCACCACUGAGCCCAGUGCUGUUACCACGACUGACUCUGGUGCUGACACCACCACUGAAUCAAGUGAUGUCUCCACCACUGAGCCUAGCGCUGUAACCACAACUGAAACAAGUGCUGAAACCACCACAGAACCAAGUGGCGUGACCACAACUGAACCAAGUGAUGUCACUACGACUGAGCCUAUUGUGGCCACCAGCACUGAAACAAGUGAUGUCUCCACCACUGAGCCCAGUGCCGUUACCACAACUGAGACUAGUGAAGACACCACCACAGAGCCAGGUGCUGACAGCACUACAGAGCCGAUUGCAGUCACUACCACUGAAUCAAGUGCUGUUACCACCACUGAGCCUAGCACUGUAACCACCACAGAGCCUAGCGCUGUCACCACCUCUGAGUCAAGUGAUGUCUCCACCACUGAGCCUAGUGCUGUAACCACCACUGAACCAAGUGCUGAAACCACAACAGAAUUUAUUGUGGUCACCACCUUUGAGCCAAGCGCUGUGACCACAACUCAGCCUAGCGUUGUCACCACCACUGAGUCAAGUGAUUUCUCCACCACUGAGCCUAGUGCUGUAACCACCACUGAACCAAGUGCUGAAACCACUACAGAAUCUAUUGUGGUCACCACCUUUGAGCCUAGUGCUGUAACCACAACUAAGCCUAGCGAAGACACCACCACAGAGCUUAGCAGUGACACUACUACAGAGCCUAUUGCAGUCACCACCACUGAAGCAAGUGCUGUUACCAGCACUGAGCCUAGCGCUGUCACCACCACUGAAUCAAGUGAUGUCUCCACCACAGAGCCAAGUGCUGUAACCACCACAGAUCCAAGUGCUGUAACCACCACAGAACCUAUUGUGGCCACCACCACUGAAUCAAGUGCUGUAACCACCACUGAGCCUAGCGCUGUAAGCACCACUGAACCUAGCGCUGUAACCACCACAGAACCUAUUGUGUUCACCACAACUGAACCAAGUGAUGUCUCCACAACUGAACCAAGUGAUGUCUCCACCACUGAGCACAGUGAUGUUACUACCACUGAACCUAGCGCUGUAACCACCACAGAACCUAUUUUGGUCACCACCACUGAACCAAGUGAUGUCUCCACUACUGAGCCCAGUGCUGUAACCACCACUGAGCCUAGUGCUGUAACCACAACUAAGCCUAGCGAAGACACCACCACAGAGCUUAGCAGUGACACUACUACAGAGCCUAUUGCAGUCACCACCACUGAAGCAAGUGCUGUUACCAGCACUGAGCCUAGCGCUGUCACCACCACUGAAUCAAGUGAUGUCUCCACCACAGAGCCAAGUGCUGUAACCACCACAGAUCCAAGUGCUGUAACCACCACAGAACCUAUUGUGGCCACCACCACUCAAUCAAGUGCUGUAACCACCACUGAGCCUAGCGCUGUAAGCACCACUGAACCUAGCGCUGUAACCACCACAGAACCUAUUGUGUUCACCACAACUGAACCAAGUGAUGUCUCCACAACUGAACCAAGUGAUGUCUCCACCACUGAGCCCAGUGAUGUUACUACCACUGAACCUAGCGCUGUAACCACCACAGAACCUAUUUUGGUCACCACCACUGAACAAAGUGAUGUCUCCACUACUGAGCCCAGUGCUGUUACUACCACUGAACCUAGCACUGUAACCACCACAGAACCUAUUGUGGUAACCACCACUGAGUCCAACGCUGUUACCACACCUGAGCCUAGCAUAGACACCACCACAGAGCUUAGCGGUGACACCACUACAGAGCCUAUUGCAGUCACCACCACUGAACCAAGUGCUGUUACCAGCACUGAACCUAGUGCUAUGACCACCACUGAAUCAAAUGAUGUCUUCACCACAGAAUCAAUUGCUGAAACCACCACAGAACCUAUUGUGUCCACCACUACUGAACCGAGUGAUUCGACCACCACUGAACUUAGUGCUGUCACCAUGAUUGAGUCUACUGCGGCCACCAGCACUGUACCGAGUGAUGUCUCCACCACUGAGACCAGCGCUGUUACCACAACUGAGUAUGGUGCUGACACCACCACUGAACCAAGUGAUGUCUCCACCACUGGGCCUAGUGCUUUAACCUCCUCUGAACCAAGUGUUGAAACCACAACAGAAUCUAUUGUGGUCACCACCUUUGAGCCUAGUGCUGUAACCACAACUAAGCCUAGCGAAGACACCACCACAGAGCUUAGCAGUGACACUACUAAAGAGCCUAGCGCUGUCACCACCACUGAAUCAAGUGAUAUCUCCACCACAGAGCCUAGUGCUGUAACCACCACAGAUCCAAGUGCUGUAACCAACACAGAACCUAUUGUGGCCACCACCACUGAACCAAGUGCUGUUACCACCACUGAGCCUAGUGCUGUAAGCACCACUGAACCUAGUGCUGUAAACACCACAGAAUCUAUUGUGGUCACCACAACUGAACCAAGUGAUGUCUCCACUACUGAGCCCAGUGCUGUUACUACCACUGAACCUAGCGCUGUAACCACCACAGAACCUAUUGUGGUAACCACCACUGAGUCCAACGCUGUUACCACACCUGAGCCUAGCAUAGACACCACCACAGAGCUUAGCGGUGACACCACUACAGAGCCUGAUGCAGUCACCACCACUGAGCCCAGUGCUGUUACCACGACUGACUCUGAACCAAGUGGCGUGACCACAACUGAACCAAGUGAUGUCACUACGACUGAGCCUAUUGUGGCCACCAGCACUGAAACAAGUGAUGUCUCCACCACUGAGCCCAGUGCUGUUACCACAACUGAGACUAGUGAAGACACCACCACAGAGCCAGAACCUAUUGUGGUAACCACCACUGAGUCCAACGCUGUUACCACACCUGAGCCUAGCAUAGACACCACCACAGAGCUUAGCGGUGACACCACUACAGAUCCUAUUGCAGUCACCACCACUGAGCCCAGUGCUGUUACCACGACUGACUCUGAACCAAGUGGCGUGACCACAACUGAACCAAGUGAUGUCACUACGACUGAGCCUAUUGUGGCCACCAGCACUGAAACAAGUGAUGUCUCCACCACUGAGCCCAGUGCUGUUACCACAACUGAGACUAGUGAAGACACCACCACAGAGCCAGGUGUUGACAGCACUACAGAGCCGAUUGCAGUCACUACCACUGAAUCAAAAUUUAUUGUGGUCACCACCUUUGAGCCAAGUGCUGUGACCACAACUCAGCCUAGCGUUGUCACCACCACUGAGUCAAGUGAUUUCUCCACCACUGAGCCUAGUGCUGUAACCACCACUGAACCAAGUGCUGAAACCACUACAGAAUCUAUUGUGGUCACCACCUUUGAGCCUAGUGCUGUAACCACAACUAAGCCUAGCGAAGACACCACCACAGAGCUUAGCAGUGACACUACUACAGAGCCUAUUGCAGUCACCACCACUGAAGCAAAACCUAUUGUGGUAACCACCACUGAGUCCAACGCUGUUACCACACCUGAGCCUAGCAUAGACACCACCACAGAGCUUAGCGGUGACACCACUACAGAGCAUAUUGCAGUCACCACCACUGAGCCCAGUGCUGUUACCACGACUGACUCUGAACCAAGUGGCGUGACCACAACUGAACCAAGUGAUGUCACUACGACUGAGCCUAUUGUGGCCACCAGCACUGAAACAAGUGAUGUCUCCACCACUGAGCCCAGUGCUGUUACCACAACUGAGACUAGUGAAGACACCACCACAGAGCCAGGUGCUGACAGCACUACAGAGCCGAUUGCAGUCACUACCACUGAAUCAAAUGCUGUUACCACCACUGAGCCUAGCACUGUCACCACCACAGAGCCUAGCGCUGUCACCACCUCUGAGUCAAAUGAUGUCUCCACCACUGAGCCUAAACCUAUUGUGGUAACCACCACUGAGUCCAACGCUGUUACCACACCUGAGCCUAGCAUAGACACCACCACAGAGCUUAGCGGUGACACCACUACAGAGCCUAUUGCAGUCACCACCACUGAGCCCAGUGCUGUUACCACGACUGACUCUGAACCAAGUGGCGUGACCACAACUGAACCAAGUGAUGUCACUACGACUGAGCCUAUUGUGACCACCAGCACAGAAACAAGUGAUGUCUCCACCACUGAGCCCAGUGCUGUUACCAUAACUGAGACUAGUGAAGACACCACCACAGAGCCAGAAUUUAUUGUGGUCACCACCUUUGAGCCAAGCGCUGUGACCACAACUCAGCCUAGCGUUGUCACCACCACUGAGUCAAGUGAUUUCUCCACCACUGAGCCUAGUGCUGUAACCACCACUGAACCAAGUGCUGAAACCACUACAGAAUCUAUUGUGGUCACCACCUUUGAGCCUAGUGCUGUAACCACAACUAAGCCUAGCGAAGACACCACCACAGAGCUUAGCAGUGACACUACUACAGAGUCCAUUGCAGUCACCACCACUGAAGCAAAACCUAUUGUGGUAACCACCACUGAGUCCAACGCUGUUACCACACCUGAGCCUAGCAUAGACACCACCACAGAGCUUAGCGGUGACACCACUACAGAGCCUAUUGCAGUCACCACCACUGAGCCCAGUGCUGUUACCACGACUGACUCUGAACCAAGUGGCGUGACCACAACUGAACCAAGUGAUGUCACUACGACUGAGCCUAUUGUGGCCACCAGCACUGAAACAAGUGAUGUCUCCACCACUGAGCCCAGUGCUGUUACCAUAACUGAGACUAGUGAAGACACCACCUCAGAGCCAGAAUUUAUUGUGGUCACCACCUUUGAGCCAAGCGCUGUGACCACAACUCAGCCUAGCGUUGUCACCACCACUGAGUCAAGUGAUUUCUCCACCACUGAGCCCAGUGCUGUAACCACCACUGAACCAAGUGCUGAAACCACUACAGAAUCUAUUGUGGUCACCACCUUUGAGCCUAGUGCUGUAACCACAACUAAGCCUAGCGAAGACACCACCACAGAGCUUAGCAGUGACACUACUACAGAGUCCAUUGCAGUCACCACCACUGAAAACCAAGUGGCGUGA